CAAAAAAGGUAAUUUUCCGCGACGCGACGGUUCUCUUUCCGCGCAGACUUUUAUAAUAUGAUAAUAAUUUUUAACCUUUUUUGACAGUUUGAUUAAGUGUUAAUUUGUUAGUAAAUUGUCAAACCAGAAAAAAACAAAAACGCCGGUAUAAACAAACAUGUGAACAUCAGGAAUGUCGUCAACGAUCUCCGCGAUAUGAACACUUUCUAAAAUCAUCAGUUUUUAUUAGGAAAAUGAUUAUCGCCCUGCAAACUCUUUUAUUUUUUCGUGAAACUCUUAUACGGGCACUGGACGCAUUUCUAAGGCCAUACUACAAAAACUUCAGCUUAGCUCUGACCAGACAAGGUGAUGAUUCCGACGACGAAGAUUCUGAAGAUCAUGUAUUUGCAGAGUACCAUGACGAGAAAGGAGUGGUCUUUUUCCCGCCUGUGUACGUUCAGAGAUAUGCAGCAGUAACCGACUGCCUAAUGGACGACAAUUGGUGUGGACGACUAGAAAAGGUUGUGGAGUUAGGAUAUCAUGAUUUGAGCUUUAUCAAAUACCUAAAGGAAGUGCCAGGGAUCCAGCAUAUAAUGGGGGUGGAUAUUGAAGCUAUUCCUCUGCAAAACUCUUCUGACCUCCUUGGAUUUGAAGAUUUUGGACAAAAGAGGGAAAAUCCACUUAAAGUAACGCUAUUCCAAGGCAAUGCUGCUGAUCCUGACUAUAGACUAAUAGGCUGUGAUGCUGUGGUGGCUAUUGAAAUGAUAGAACACAUGCUCCCACAUGAUCUAGAGAGAUUUUUACACACAGUGUUUGGCUUUAUAAAACCAUGGGUAGUGGUCCUUACAACCCCGAAUGGCGAUUUUAAUGUUUUAUUUAAAUCCUUGGAGACUAAUGGAUUAAGAAGAUUAGAUCAUUUUUUUGAAUGGAGCAGGGAGCAGUUUCAUGAUUGGUGCAGCAAUAUAGUUCUGCGUUAUCCAGAAUAUACAGUUUCAUGCAAAGGGAUUGGUCCAGGUCCACCUGACACUAUACAAUUAGGGUGCUGUACCCAGAUGGCAGUCUUUGUUGCGAAGGACUACCACAAGCAACAAGAAUUGGACCUUAAUAGUUUAGCACUUGUUGCAAGUAAAGAUGUUCCAAGUUUAAGCAUAGAAGAUAUGACAUCCAGUUAUGAGUAUAUUCCUGAUAACAAGAUGUUGUGCUUAACAAAUGAUGUUGAACUAUACCCAGAAAUAUCGUCAAACAAGCAGUCCUGUGUCACUAUAGUCUUAACAUCCCCGAAGUACUCCUAUGCCAUAGAGUAUGAUGACAAAUCAUUCCAGUGUAAUUUAGAUACAGAACUGGCAAAACGAUUCCUCUUUGAGGAUGAACCUUAUCGUGUUUUAGUACCAAGGAGGAAAAGGCUUUAUAAAAUAUAUGAGAUCGAAGAUGUGAAUAACAGGUUGAAUUGUUCAACGUUACAAGUGAAAAAGUUUUCAAAAACAACUCAAAAUGUGAUAGCCAAGAAUAAAAUAGAUUCGUCUUUUACCCGCGAAGUGGUAGAUGAGAUCCGCCAUUUGAAGAAAAUGUUGAAUUUGAACAAGGAAUGCGAAUGUACUGGGGAGCAUACGUGGUUCAACAUCAAUUGGGGCGCAAAUGCUCCUUAUUGGAACCAAUACUAUAGGGUCGUGAGGGAGUAUAGCUAUCCUUUUGAGAGAAAAUCAGACGAUAGUCGUAUCUUAGACCUGAUAUCCGAAGAGAUCAACCGCCUUAUUGACAAACAAUGGGAUGACGACUUCCCGUCCGAAGGCAACUUGGAGAUACCGUUGCGACUUCUGAUGGAUGUGGUCGCUCAUUUAACUAACGACGUUGAUAAAGUCAAGGAGCUGUUAGAAUGGAAUGGAUAUCAAGUAGUAGAUGAUGUUGUGAUUCAUUCCCGUCUAAUAGUGGACACAACUUCUGUGGGAACUCAUGAUGACGAUUGGCCUGAUAACGACACAGUUUCCGAUUGGGACAUAUCAGAGGUGCAUUCCACUUCACCUUCGGACGGAAGUACCAAUAUGCCUGAUUAUUACGGCCGUUGUCUUCGCAAGGCUUUAGACCACAAGGUCCGUAAAUUGCGUACAUUACUCUCCGCUGACGAGGAUAUAACCAGUGAGUUGGAUAGAGUGGUGUGUCGUCUCAUGAAGUUAGCCCUUCAUACGACGAGAAACAGGCAAUGCCCUGUGCCAUCCAGUUGGGUGCAGUGUAAACUAUUUGACUUACUUACACUAACAGAGAAGGCUAUAGAAAGACGAAGGAAACACUAUUUCGAAGAGUGUAUGUUGAAAGCUAUAGAUAACGGUAAAUCUGAACGUAAAAAAUCUAUAUUGGCACUAAUCAAUGUGAAGUUAGAAAACCGGAGAGCGGAUGAAAUAAUGCAUAAAUACCGAAAUUUGAUUGAGCCGCCCAGAACUUUCGAUGAAGAAAAAUUUCAAUUAGCAGAAAAUUGUAUAGAAGAAUUAGAUCUAGAAGAUGAUAAUGAGUUUUUUCAAGAUGAAAAGCAAAACCUAGAGAUAGUUUCUGAACAGAUCUCGCAUGAUGAAGAAAUUGAAAGUUUUAUGCAAAAGCCUAAAACAAAAUUGGACAUUGUUAGGGAAUGGAUUAGUGGAGAUUAUAAAAAUAUAUCUCCGUCAUAUCAUUAUGACAUGGAAGUUUCCAAAUCUACAUAUCAGAUACAAAAUAAAGAAAGUAAUUAUUCUGUGGCUGAAUACUUAGACAAAGUUGAUAUUACUUCACCGUCAAGUGGUACUGUUGACGAAAAAAUCAAAUUUGACAGAAAUCCUAAAAAAUCUCACCCAAAAAUUGCAAAAAAAUCAUCCAAGAGAAAAAUGAAUUAUACUUUUCUGCUUAAAAAAUAUUACAGCAAAUUCGGAGAUACAGAUACAAUGUUUAAAAAUAAAGGAACAGAACGCCACAAGCGGCAAUCAAAUGCGGCGGCUCCGAUACCUAAUAGCUUAAUAGAGCUUUGUAGAAAUACAGAAAAGGAAAAUGUUAAAACUGAAGCAGAAGAGUUCGAAGGCUGUAAAAUUAGGAAAGUAUCGGAUUAUGAUAAUAUAGCAGCUACUGAAAAAUGCCAUUUCAUGAGUAUAAUUACGCAAGAUUCAGAGGAACAAUUUGCUUUUAGACAGUCUAUUGGCACUGAUCCUGGCCCCAGUAUUAUUGACCACGAAGCUGUUAAUGAAACAGUUAUUAAUAUCACAAAACAUGAUAGUCUUUGCAAUUUUAAAGAAAGUGAUUCUGAAGAUGUUCCUGGCCAAAUGAUAUUUUUGUAUGAUAUUAAUGAACCGAGUACCUCAAAAGGCAUACGUCGCGGAGGCCUAGACGUACAGUGUGGCCCAGACCAUGUCCCACAUUGCGAUAUGCUGUCUGCAACUACAUCUUUUACCAAGUUUCCAAAACUGUUUUCAAAAGGAAUCAAAAUAGAACAUUCUACGACAAACAUAUGUUCUAAGAAGACUUUUGACGAAGGAACCUCACCUGAUUUUACUUGCCCUUAUAAGUUGGCACAUCCUCAUAUGGGUAUUCGGAUAAUUGAUUCUGACACAAAAAUACAAGAUAAAAAUCUAACUGAGUCUACCACUAUGACAACACAUGAUUUUUUAGAUGAUACGUUAAAAUGUUGUGACCCAAAAACGACUGUAAUAAAAUCUAUUUCUGUAAAUAAAACUGAUCAUACAAAAUCUCCGAAGGGGCUGUUAUCACCAAUACUUAAAAGUGACGUACAAAUACAGUCAGGUGGCAGUAAAGUUGAUAUCGACAAAAAGUCACCCGUUAGGGUGAGAUCUAAGCUGAGCUGUGGUGGGAUUCAUGUUCAUAGUUUCAAAGAUAGAGAAGUCUCACAAGACGUAAUUUUUCAAGGAGGAUGGAAUGAGAUAACGCCCGAUAAACUUGCAAAAAAGAAUAACAAAAAAGUGGUCCCUAAAAAAGUAGUAUAUACUACGAAAAAGCUAAAACGUGGUUCUAAUACAUCUGUAAAAAAUCUUGGCAAUAGUGAUGUUAAUAAUGCCAUAAAAAGGCCAAUAAAAAUUAGAACCACAAAGCAGAUAAUCAAGAAAGAACAAACAAAUAAAAUUAUGCCAAACAAGAAAUUUCCGCCCUCACGGAAUAGAAAUAUGUUAAUAAGGAAUGUCAAAAAGGUUUCUUCGAAGACUGUAAGCCAUGCGCUGGAGAAGACUAAUGCCAUAAGACAUAAAGAAAUGACGAAACCUUUUGAAAGGCCAAAUAUUGAACAUUAUUUACCGGCCUAUUUAAAAAGGAACAGGAGUGCCGGAGUAAAUAAGUUUCUGUCUAAAAGCUUGGAUUCACCCAAACUUAUAAAUACUAAAAAGCCCCAUUUCGUAAGGUCCAAUAUGGAAGAGAAAAGUACUUUGAGACAACAAUUUAUAAGAUGUAACUCAGAGGAUGAAAACAGAAAUGAUUUAAAGGGAAUUAAAGACAAUUCAACUGUUUAUGUAAGUUAUCAAGUGUUUAGGAAUGAGGUUAAAAACAAAAGAAUCACGGAGAAGGUACAGUCUGCUAACCGCCAAGUAAUAGGAAGUAAUAGUACACCAAAACGCAGUGGUAGCCCCGACUCUCAGCUUAGUACCUGCUCGUCACCUAACAGUGUGGGUACUGUUCGAGCUGUUUCAUCUAUUGUCACUGUUGAUUCUUGUAAAAAGUGUUCAACGUCGUCAACAACAAAUAACCGUAAUUCUAAUGGUAAUACAACUAUCCCAAAAACCAACUUUGCUUCUAAACUUAAAAAUAUUAUUAAGAAAAAUAAAUACGAAAAGAAAAAUGAUAAUAAAGAAAAUAUACCAACACCGUUAAAAAAUGAAAAGCGAGGUUUUGUCGGUACAACGAAAAAUAUUUUUAGGGCACAUACUAGCUGUGAUACUUCACCUUUGUCUAAAACUAAAUUACAUUUAAAAAAAUCUUCUUAUAAAUUGCCAAAUAUCAAAAGUUCGAGUAAUUUAUUGAAAAACUCCUCGUCUUUAUUGUCAGAAAAAGUAACUGACAAGCCUUCUAUCGAAAAAAAUGUUCUUCAGUCGAGUCCCUCCGACACUGUUCUUGUUUUGGAGUCAUACAAAGAUUUGUCAAAGGCUCUUGAUGAAUCCAUUAAUUUUAAAAGUAAUAAUUUUUUCUCAAAAACUACAUUAAAUAUUGACGAAGUAUGCAGUAAGCACAAUUGUAUUACAUCGAAUAGUGCUCACAGUUUGGAGAUUUCAAUAAAACACAUGCUGGAGGAAUUACUUGAAUCUAUUUCUAUUACUCCUGAAAGUAAUUUAAAAAGGGACAUUUUAUUUAAAGACGAUGAAAGUUUCAACAAUACGUCAUCUCCUAUAAGUUAUAAAACAGUGAUUGAAAACAAAGAUUCAUCUUCUUUUAAAUUAAACUUAGAAGAAGCUAUUAAUAUAUCGUUCAACAAAUCAGUAUCAGAUAAUACGAGUUUCAAAGACGCUGAUAAGACAGAAAAAAAAUCAUUAGAGUCCAUGUGUACUUCAUCAAAGCAAUCUGAAUACUUUUUAGCGGACAACCAAUUAGAUUUAUGUGAAUUUUCUUCAAUGAUAAACGAACCGAGUGAUUCUGUUCAAGGAUUAUUCGAAAGAAAAAACCAAAAUAUUGUUACGAAUGUUGGCGGUCCCAUAGCUCUACAAGCUUUUAGUGGAUUUUCUGUGAAUGGUAUACCUCUUGCUGGAGAUCAACCACAAUAUAUUAAUUUAGUUGAUCCAGAAUCUGGUCUCCUACGUCCCCAAAUUAACAGACAAACGGAGUCUGAAGAAAUAUUGCUGUCUGGGAGAUCAUCGGAUACAUAUGAAUCGUGCUACGUCGAAGAUGAGUCUUUUGUUCCCAGUUGGUUAUUUAACUUGAUCAACCAGCAGCAUUCGAACGAUGAAUCUGAAGAAGACGAGAACCUCGUUCCUUAUCCUUUGCCGAUAGCUGAGCCUGUGUUAGAUAUUGAUGAUGUCGAUAUUGAGGGAGUGGGAGUAGGCGCGGGAGCCGGAGAUGGUCGAGGUGUUCAUAGUGACCGCUCGCGGGACAGUUCAGGGCGAGGCACAUCACUGAGCUCCAGUGAAACUUCCUCUGAUACACCCACAGGAGGUGAGGCUGUUAUAGUGGAUCCAUCAACGUUCGUGGGUCUCUAUGAGUUUGUUCGUGAAGCGGCAGAUUCCACGAACUUUGAUCGGCCAAACGAAUCACCAGAUACAUCAUUCACAACUGCUGAAGCUGACACCGGGGAUGUCAAUCGCCCAAGAUCCCGCAGUAGGACCGUCGCCAGUGACAUCGAUGCUGACGUCAGCUCUCUUGACACUGAUGCUGUUGAUUCUGACAACUUUGAAUGAGGCUAAUUCAAAUUUCGAACACUGUCAAAAUUCAAAACGCGUUCUUAUGAAAACGUAGUGUACAUACUAUUCUCAUUAAAUUAUUGUAUGUCUGUA